UUCAGUCAUGCAGCUCGGCCGCGCAGGCGCAGUCCGCACGCGCCGAGCGCGUCUCUGGUGUCAGGGAUGAUGUCAUGUUUUCGAAGGCAACCUGCAACAUCCGGGUCUUCUCCGAGUGCCUGUGCGCACCAGCCAGCCAGGAGCUAACGCUAGCUAGCAAGCUGUCAAGCUGUCAAGUGGAGAGGCUGGGACAGACGUUUCAGCUUCUCACAUCCAUACGAAAAAACAACAAACAAACAAAAAAGAACAAAACGCUAGUCUGUACUCGGGAUCGCCUGCUGGGAUAAUGUAAUGCAUCAAGGUCGUACCCAAAGAGAAAGCUUCGCUCUAGCGCCAUUUCUAUGCACUGGCUCUUGUGAUUGAAGAUUGCUCUUUGCUAGUCGGCUAAGCCACCGACGCCUAAGCCCAACCAAAGCCCCCUGUCGUCGCUGUAGGUCAGUGAGCCUUCCUGGUCUGGACUCCGCCUCGGCGUCUCUUGCUGUCAACCACAAUUUUGGACAUUCGGUUUCCAGAGGGACACAAUGGGGGCAUUUCUGGACAAACCAAAGAUGGAAAAAUACAAUUCCCAUGGUGAAGGUAACAGCCUGCGCUUUGGGCUAAGCAGUAUGCAGGGCUGGCGGGUCGAGAUGGAAGACGCACACACGGCAGUAAUUGGAUUGCCCCAUGGUCUCGACCCAUGGUCAUUUUUUGCUGUUUAUGAUGGGCACGCCGGCUCUCAGGUGGCCAAGUACUGCUGUGAGCAUCUGUUGGAACACAUCACCAGCAACUCAGACUUCCAGAGUGCUCUACAGGAGGAUCCCUCGGUGGAAAGCGUGAAGAGCGGCAUCCGCACAGGUUUCCUUGAGAUCGACGAUCACAUGCGUACCAUCUCUGAGAAGAAACACGGCGUGGACCGCAGUGGAUCUACUGCUGUGGGCGUGAUGAUAUCGCCGAGCCACAUCUAUUUUAUUAACUGUGGCGACUCGCGGGGACUCCUGAGCCGAGGGGGUGCCGUGCACUUCUUCACACAGGAUCACAAACCCAGCAACCCCCUGGAGAAGGAAAGGAUCCUGAACGCCGGUGGCUCAGUCAUGAUACAGCGAGUUAACGGCUCCCUGGCCGUGUCUCGGGCCCUGGGAGAUUUCGACUACAAGUGCGUGCAUGGGAAAGGCCCAACAGAGCAGCUUGUUUCUCCCGAGCCUGAAGUUUAUGCCAUCGAGAGAUGCGAAGGGGAAGAUGAAUUUAUUAUUUUAGCUUGUGACGGCAUCUGGGAUGUCAUGGCUAAUGAAGAAUUGUGUGACUUUGUCCGGUCAAGGCUUGAAGUCACAGAUGAUCUUGAAAGAGUCAGCAAUGAAAUUGUUGACACUUGCCUGUACAAGGGUAGUCGGGACAAUAUGAGUGUUGUUUUAAUCUGUUUUCCUGGAGCUCCAAAGGUUUCUCCAGAAGCGGUGAAACGGGAGGCCGAGCUAGACAAGUAUCUGGAGUCAAGAGUAGAAGAUAUCCUGAAAAAGCAGGGUGAUGAAGGUAUACCAGAUUUGGUCCACGUUAUGAGGACGUUAGCGACAGAGAGCAUCCCCAACCUCCCUCCUGGAGGAGAGCUGGCAAGCAAACGGAGUGUUAUUGAAGCGGUGUACAACAAACUCAACCCCUACCGAAGCGAUGACACAGUGCUGUAUUUGUGGAUUUGGAAAACACGUGUGAAGUGCAGCUAUAUUUGCAGAAUUGAAAAACCUGUAAAUCGAGGGGUAUAUUUGUGGAUUAAAAAAAAACACCCGAAUUGCAGCUCUACAUGCAGACUUGAAAAAUGUGCAAAUAAUGUUGGCAUUUCUCCCCAUACCAAGGAUGCUAUGUGGUAUGUAAUGUUGAAUUUUUUCCUAAUGAGGAAUACAAUUUUGAAAACUGUCUAACUUUGUUUCCACUUUAAAAUUAUGUGUGACUGUUUGUCUAUCACAUAUAGUCUCAAUAAAAAUUAUUUUACUUUGUAGUUGUAAUGGCAAAAUGUAAAAAAACUUCAGGCAUUAUGGACAUUUUUUUCAAGGUACUGUAUAUUUGGAAUUGAGCUUGUGCUGCCAUCAUACAGCCUUGAAUAGCUGUUAAAUUUUAACAUUAAUUGACAUACAGUCACAGAAGUUGAGUUUCAUAUUAAUACGUUAACAGCAAAACACUCAUUCAACAUUCUCUUAAUUUUGGUGAUGAGGAGGUGGUUAGUAAAAGUUGCAUCUCUGAUCUACCUUUUUUUUUUUUUUAAUAUUAACUUGACCCCUUAUGUAAUGCAAAGACCACCUUUUAAUCACAAAGAUGGUCGCUGCAUUAGUUGUAAAAGACCCCCGUUCAACAUUAAGCAUCUUCAUUCAUCAUUCAAAGAAAAAAAAUAAGAUGUACGAGUAAAAAAAUACCUGAAAUAAAUGAAAAUAAGUUUCUACUUUCCCAUUUAUUUUAUUGCAGAGCAAUACACGUACAUCAUCGUUUAUCAUUAAUUU